AUGUUAACCAUAUUCUGGGCAGUGAUAUCACUGCUACUAUUAGCAACUAACUCCGGGACACAGAAGCUACCCACUAGAGAUGAAGAGCUCUUCCAGAUGCAGCUUCGAGACAAGUCUCUUUUCCAUGAUUCAUCCAUCAUCCCAGAUGGAGCUGAGAUCAGCAGUUAUCUGUUCAGGGAUGCACCUAAAAGAUACUACUUUGUGGUUGAGGAAGAUAACACACCCUUGUCAAUUACCAUAACACCAUGUGAUGCCCCCUUAGAAUGGAAACUAACUCUUCAAGAACUUCCUGAGGAGUCGAGUGGAGAAGGUUCUGGAGAACCAGAACCACUGGAGCAGCAAAAGCAAAGACAGCAAGUACUGAAUGAACUUGGCACCGAUUUGUAUUCUUAUAAAGGUAAUGAUGUUGAAUCAUACCUAGCAUCUAAUUCACCCUCUGGUUUGUACCGUUUGGAACUGAUUUCAACAGAAAAAGAUACAAAUUUCAAAGUUUAUGCAACCACCACUCCUGAUUCAGAUCAGCCUUAUCCCGAGCUCCCCUAUGACCCACGUGUGGAUGUGACCUCCCUUGGACGUACAACUGUCACUUUGGCCUGGAAACCAAGCCCCACCAUCUCACAACUGAGGCAACCCAUCCAAUAUUGUGUGAUCAUUAAUAAGGAGCAUAACUUCAAAAGUCUUUGCGCAGUGGAAGCAAAACUAAAUGCAGAUGAUGCCUUUAUGGCAGCACCCAAGCCUGGAUUAGACUUCAGUCCUUUUGAUUUUGCCUAUUUUGGCUUUACUUCAGACAGUGGCCCUAACAGAGAACGAAAGACUAUGGCCAAACCAGUUACUACACGCCUGUCACGACAUAUGGCUGGAGCACGGAAGGUGGAUCUUCAGCAGAUCUGCAUUGGCAACAAAAACGUUUUCACUGUGUCAGACCUGAAACCAGACACACAAUACUAUUUUGACAUUUUUGCAGUUAAUACCAACUCAAAUAUGAGCACUGCCUAUGUGGGAACCUUUGCAAAGACUAAGGAAGAGGCUAAGCAGAAGACAAUGGAGCUGAAGGAUGGGAAAGUGACUGACGUAUUUAUCAAAAGAAAAGGUGUCAAGUUCUUAAGGUUUGCUCCAGUCUCCUCCCACCAGAAGGUGAUGCUAUAUGUUCACUCAUGUCUGGAUGCAGUCCAAAUCCAAGUCAGGAGGGAUGGGAAACUUCAGCUUUCACAAAACAUGGAAGGUGUACGUCACUUCCAGCUAAGAGGAAAACCAAAAGCCAAGUACCUCAUCAGGCUCAAAGGGAGUAAGAGAGGCGCUUCAAUGCUGAAGAUCUUGGCCACUAACCGGCCAAACAAGCAACCCUUUCCUUCUGUACCAGAAGACACACGCAUAAAAGUAUUUGACAAGCUCCGCACGUGCUCCUCGGUCACUGUGGCAUGGCUAGGCACACAGGACCGAAACAAGUUUUGUGUUUAUAAGAAGCUUGUGGAGAAUAACUAUAGUGAAGAGCAGAAGAAAAGAGAGCAGAACCAAUGUAUUGGACCAGACACACGAAAGAAGUCUGAGAAGGUGGUCUGCAAAUAUUUCCAUAGUCAUAUCUUACAGAAAGCAGUGACGACAGAGACAAUCAGAGGACUACAGCCAGGCAAAUCUUAUCUUCUGGAUGUUUAUGUCAUAGGACAUGGAGGACACUCUGUCAAGUAUCAGAGCAAACUGGUCAAAACAAGGAGGUCUUGUUAGUGUCUCCAUGUACAGACUCAACAUUAUUGAACUAUGAACAUUACUUCACUAGAUGAAAAUAUACAGACUGACUACUUACACAGCUGAGAUGUUGCAACCCGUAUUUGUACUAUUUAGAAAGAUAUCAACUUGUAUAUUUAUGUUUACAUAAUUCAGUAAUUAUUUGAAGAGACUAAGCCUGAUGUACUCAGAUAGCAUCUGGCCUUUGCGAUUACAUAACUGCAAGUCCCUUGUCACACCUGACAUUAAUAUAAGUGAUCCACAGUGGCAGGAUAACACUCAAGUACUGUCAGCUUCUUGUCCUCUACACUGCAUGAAUCGCAUUUAACUUAUUUCAUCAUCCCAAGCCGCUUAAACUAGCUGCCCUGCUAAUCGUACAUGCAAUAUAGGACAUAGGAAAUCUGUAAAUUAUUUUAUAAGAAUAAAGUUCAGUCUU